CUGGAGGGCAGUCGGGCGGCGCUGGAGGCGGCACUGAAGGUGGACAUGGAGUACCUGGCCCACGUGCAGCGGCUGGAGGCGCUGUGGGGCGCAGGGGGGCAGGGGCAGCAGCAAGGAGAGGAGGGACAGGGCGGAGAGGGGAAGGAGCUGGAGCAGGGACGGGGGCUGCAGCAGGAGGAGGAGGCGGAGGAGGAGGACGCGAGGAGGGCGGCGGAAGCCAGGCGGCAAGUCGCUGACCCGCACUGCCCGCAAGGGAAGGAGGAACCCCCAGAGCCGCAGCGGCAGGGGUGCAGCGGACGGCACCCGCCGCCUCCCUCACCCUCAACCUCACCGCCCUCAUCACCCUCAUCACCCACGUCAGCACCCGGGCGAUCACGCAGCCGCAGCCCCACCCCUGGCCGGCCCACCCGCAGCCGCAGCUCGCUGUCCGGAGCCGCGGGCCCACCAGGGAUGCGCGCGAGGCCCCCGGCCGGACAGGAGGAGGGGAAGGCGCUGCUCGCGCCCGGCCACCCCGGCGGCGAGGCUCCCCUGGGGUCCAUGGGGCAGCCCUCCGGACCCAUGGGUCACUCUGCUGGACUCCUGCAUGGCUCCGCGUUCGCUCCAAGCACCGCGGACGGCUUGGAAGGGGACCGGCAGGAGGCGGAAUCGCACCGGGCUUCCUCCGCCGCUACCACCGCAGGCCGAGCACGCCGAGGUGAGGACGGUGGCGCGAGUCGUGCUGCCGCCGCUGCCGCUGGUUUAGGCGGCAGUAAUGAGGAGGAGCCUGCGCCGCCAGCAGAGCGGCUGGUGCGGCGCCCCGUCUGGCGGCCGCCCAGUCCCGGCGGGGCAGCUGCAGCAGCACCAGCAGCCGAGGAAGGGAGCCAGCAGCGGGGUGCAGCUGCCACCUCCCCCGACCCCGAUGCCACGGCUGCGGGACCGGUGUCUGCGUCAGCGUCGGCUUCUUUGCCAGCGCCGGCGCCGCUGGAGGGUGUGGUUCGCAGCACCCGCCUGCCCCGUGGAGCGGAUGCCCCCAACUCCGUCGCCGGCAGCAGCAACAGCAGCAGCGGCCGCCUUACCGUUGACGGCACGGCCCCGGGCAGCAGCAGCACUAGUAGCAGUAGCGCGGGCGGCGUGGCUGGCCGAGCAGACGCUGCGGAGAGCGCUGCGUCGGAGGCAGCGGCUGGUGAGGGCACCGGUGGGCCGCUGUCGGGCCUCUCACAGCCCCGGUCUCGCAUGGUGAAACGACCCCGGCGGCCACAGCAGCGGCAGGGGCUGCACCGGCCAGGCAGCAGUGGCGGCGCGGAGGAGUUCCCUCCGCCCUGUGCCGAGGCAGGGUUGGGGCCGUUGUCGCCAGCUCCCACCUCCGCAUCUCCGCCACUGCCCGGAGCCUUUGGAGCGGGCAGCCUCAGCAGCAGCGGCGGCGGCACGGACAGCGGUCCCAGCCCCGGGGAGGAGGUCUCCAUUCCUGCCUACCGGCAAAUGAACCCGCCGCAAAUCCACGGCAGCAGCAACAUCAGUAACAGCUACACAGCAAGCACUGGCAGCAGCGGCAGUAGCGCCAGCAGUGACGCCAGCAGCUCCCAUUCCGCCCCACACCACCCGCCCCACGGCAAGCCGCCCCCGCCACACCCCUGGAGCACCCACCCCAGCAACCCCGGCCAGCAGCCGCAUGCAUCGGGCCAGUCCCCUCAUGCGCCAUCCACCGGCGGCGGCGAGCACCCAGCCAACGCGAACAUCCACAACAACAGCACCGACAGCAGUAGCAGCAGCAGCACUAACGGCCCCGCCGGCACCUCCCCGCCGCCCUCCUCUCCCCGGCAGUCCGAGGGGGGCGGCCCCGCCGGCCCCCCCGCGCUCCCCCCCGAGGUCAGCGGCUACCGCGCCAUGAGUGCGGAGCAGCUGGCGGACUUUGCGUUCGGGCGGAAGGCAACUCCGGAGGACGUGCGCUUCAUCGCGCGGGUGUUGCAGCAGAUGGAGGCGGUGGAGGCGGCGUUCGAGGAGGUGCAGCAGGAGCAGAUGGCGCGGCUGCAGCAGCAGCAGCAGCGGCGGCGGGAGUCGCGGGGGCGGGGGAUGGGGAAGGGGCCGGCGCGGGUGGGCAUGGGGUUGCGGAGGGCUCGGCAGGUGGCGAGGCGCAAGCGUAGCGGGUUGCUGGCGGGGCGGAGGCGGCUGGGCGUUCCCCCUCGGGUGCUGACGUUGGUAAAGGGGGCGGCGGAGGCGGCGCCGGAGGCGGGGCCGGGGGCCGUGGAGGAGGUAGACGGGAGGGAGGGCGGAGGCGAGGAGGGGCCGGCUGCGGCGGCUGGAGAGGUGCAGCAGGCAUGUGGGGAGGAAGCCAGGACGCCAGGUCCAGCCGGGGGGACCAGUCAACAUGUUGGCGGAGGAGGAGCAGGAGGAGGAGGCAGCAGGGGUGCUGGCAGCCUCGGGGCUCUGGCGGCGAGCGUAGGCCGCUUCGUGGCCGGGCUGCCGUUGCUCGCCGUCCGGGCGCUGGAGCAGGGACUAGGCCUGGGCGUCGUGCCCUCCGCCCUGCCACAACUGCCACCUCCAUCAAUGAAAGAAGAAGAAGAAGCGCCGGCGGUGUCUGCGCCCCUGGGAGCCGCACAGCCGCCGCCGAGCCCGCCGUCCCUCCCAGCCCCAGCCGCCACUGCUCCGCCCAGCACCGAGCAGCUGGCGGCGGAGGCGGCGGUGGCGGCGCUGUACUCCGCCUCCCCGCAGGACCGGCAGCUGGCUGAGGCGUUAGUGGCCUUCCUCCGGGGCAGGAAGCCUAAGCAGCAGCAGCAGGGGCGGGGUGGGGCGGUGCGCGCCCCGGCGGUGGUGCCACCCGGGUGGGGUGGUGAGCAGCCCCCCGGAGGGCUGCUGCGCCCCCCCGGCGGCAGCAGCGGGCUGCCAGGUCUGGUUCGCGGUCGUGACGCGGUGGUUGUGUUGCCUCGGGAGCUGCUGGCGGUGGCGGCGGGCGCCUGGCAGGAGGCGGAGGAGGCGCUGAUGCACCCCGAGGUGCUGGCGGGGCGGCGGGGGAGGCGGCAGCAGCGGGGGGGCUAGGGCGGGUGCGAGGGAGCGGUUGGGUUUGUAAGCAGCAAGAGUAGGGCGGCCACGGCUGCGGCUGGGGCGGUGCGGGUUGUUCGCUGGGCGCACUGCUUUGCAGUUGCUGCGAUGUAUAUUAGCAGGGCGCUUCUGGGUACCCGCAAGCGGCAGCCUUGCCAGGUUACCUUGUGUGUUUUUGUGGUCCGGCAGGUUACGGCCACUUGGUUUGCGGUUGGUGGGCUGAACGUCAAGAGCGUGUGUUUGUGUAGCGAGUAUUUCUUCCUGCGUUUGGUUUGCUGCUGUUUUGGACGUGCGUACCUCAUCAUCUCCCGCGCAGGCGGUCAGCUUUCCUUGCAUGCAUGGACAGCGGCGGGAGCGAAGCUCUGCGUGUGGUGGGCGUGUGCUGUUCAAGUGAUGCGAGUGGUGACAGGUGAGGAGCGGGUGAGGAGCGGGAGCCGUGUGGAUGGGCGUGUACCCGCGAAGCAGCGAAGUCUACUCACCGGUACCCGUGUCGGGGCGGAGGGCCGAAGCAAUUGGCAGCAUACUGCCGCGCGACUCCCGAUGAUAGAGUCUUGAUAGUGCCCGGCACACCUGUCCUGUUAAGAGAGCUGCGUGGGUGGCGUGUGGUAAGAAGACUGGCCGAGAGUUGGGUGCUGUUGUGGGCGCUGUUCUGGCGUGUGGGGGUGCUGUGUGCUGUCCUGUGCGGCAUCUCCGAGCAUUGGCGUGGUAGGGUGCACUCUGACAGCUGUGGGGCAUCCAUCGUCGCCGAUCUCCUUUUGAGUUGGCUAGUACCGGAGUGUUAAGCAUGGUAGUGUGGCUGUAUGAGGGCUGUUGUCCCGGUUUCAAUGCUGGAAAAUGUCAAUAACUCUGUGAGAGGAGUGGUAAACAGUACAAAGCUAAUGGCAGGAAGCCUUUGAUGCCUGAGUGGGAGUAUGAAGAAGUGUGUAGGUAGCGGUGUUCAUGCGAAGAAGUACAAGUCGGGUGGACACUAGUCGGGUGGCUACCGUACCGCCCGACUGGAGGUGUACUACUGGAGACGUACGAGUGUGGCUGAGCAGCUGAGUCGGUUAGUGCUGUUACCUGUCUUCAUUCGUCGGGAGGGCAGCAGGGAAAUGGUCUUGAGGAGCGAGGAUUGUAGGACACGUGUCUCGGUGCCGGUAAUGACGUGCGAUGUCGUAGAUGACAGUCCCUUCGGAACGUCGAAGGGGAAACCAGUACCGGCAGACCAUGUAGAUAUUCUUCGACAUCAAAGUUUGGGUUGUCAGCAAAGCCGGUGCCAGCUGGCCUUUGACCAGGGAGGUGAAAUGACGUUCGCGACGUAGCAAGCUCAGCGCAUCAGGUGCUUCAAGAAGCUGGUUACAGCGAGUAUUGUGUUAAACAGCUGGCGUG